AUAUUGGUUAUGCUGGAUAUAUUACCAGUAAAUCAUUCUGUAAAAUUGCACAGUCAUGCAAUAGGCUAAAACAUUUAGGAAUUAAUAUCAUCAGUUCUUGUAGUAGACUUACUGAUACUGCUAUUUGCAUCCUUACGGAUUCAUACCCAAAUCUGAGAAGUUUAAAACUCAAGUACUGUGAUGGAAUAAGUGAUAUAGCCAUCAGAAAAAUUGCACAAUUUCGUUGUUUGGAACAUCUUAAUCUCUAUGGUAUAAGUGUUCUUAGUGAUAAAUCGAUACGCAUUAUUGUGAAAUCAUGCUCAAAUAUCCAAUAUCUUAAUCUUCAAUCUUAUAACAUUACAGAUAGAGCUGUAGAAUAA